GAGAAACUGAAACAGCCGGAGCGUUCGUCUGUUUCCAUUCUCAUACGCCACCCCUCUCUUUUCACUGAUCGCGCAAAGGCUGUUGGGAUUCUGCGGGCUUGUCCUAGACGCCAUCUUUAAACCCCAGAAGCAGCCGCCGUUGAGCGCUGGGAUCUGUGAGUUAGAUUGGUCGUGUUGAAAAUAUUUCUGCGGGAUUUUUAUUUUAAAUGCAAAUAAUUUGAGACUAAAGUACAGCAGACACAUAUAGAAAAAAAGGAAGCCACUAGCUGAGACUCGCUGCUUGGCCGCCGUCGGUCUCGAGUUCUCCCCCCCGUGGCCCGGCCAGAGAUGAGUGGAAGAUGUCGGUGUCGGGGCUGAAGGCCGAGCUCAAGUUUCUCGAGUCCAUUUUUGACCCAAAUCACGAGCGCUUUCGAAUUAUCGACUGGAAACCAGAUGAGCUGAGUUGCCAGUUCAAUGUGACUGGGGAAAAACUGCUGGUCAUACACUGCAACAUCACGGAAUCAUACCCCUCUACCCCUCCAAUAUGGUUUGUGGACUCCGAUGACCCAAGCUUAGCGGCUGUGCUGGAGCGCCUGGAGGAUGUGAGGAAGGGAACCACCCUGCUCCUGCAACAACUGAAACGCCUGAUCUGUGACCUGUGCAGGUUAUAUAAUCUUCCCCAGCACCCUGAUGUGGAAAUGCUUGAUCAGCCAUUACCAGCUGGACAGAAUGGAACUACAGAAGAAGUUACAUCAGAAGAGGAGGAGGAAGAAGAAAUGGGAGAGGAUAUUGAAGACCUGGACCACUAUGAGAUGAAGGAAGAGGAACCAGUCGAUGGGAAGAAGUCUGAAGACGAUGGAAUUGAAAAGGAGAAUCUAGCCAUCUUAGAGAAGAUUCGGAAGAGUCAGAGGCAGGACCACUUGAACGUAAGUGCUCAUUCGGGUGCUGUAUCUGGGUCAGUGCAGGCUUCAGACCGCCUCAUGAAAGAACUCCGGGAGAUAUACAGGUCACAAAGUUACAAGACAGGAAUCUAUUCAGUGGAGCUUGUUAAUGACAGCCUUUAUGAAUGGCAUGUCAAACUGCGGACGGUGGAUCCAGAUAGCCCAUUGCAUAGCGACCUGCAGGUUUUAAAGGAAAAAGAAGGGAUGGAUUACAUCCUUCUGAAUUUCUCUUAUAAAGAUAAUUUCCCAUUUGAUCCUCCUUUUGUACGGGUGGUGUCGCCUGUGCUUUCUGGAGGCUAUGUUUUGGGUGGCGGAGCCCUGUGUAUGGAACUCCUUACAAAACAGGGCUGGAGCAGUGCCUAUUCGAUAGAGUCUGUCAUCAUGCAGAUCAACGCCACUUUAGUUAAAGGAAAAGCCAGAGUGCAGUUUGGAGCUAAUAAGAAUCAGUACAAUCUUGCCAGAGCACAACAGUCAUACAAAUCCCUGGUGCAGAUUCAUGAGAAGAAUGGCUGGUAUACUCCCCCAAAAGAGGAUGGGUAAGAGACUGGCUCCUGCAAGUGCCCUGGGACCAGGUGUCUAAGGGUCAACUCUUUUUUUCCCACUCCGAAGGUAUCUAAUUGGGAGUGACCCCUCUUGGGUUGACUCUUUUGGUGGCCGUAUAACCAACGGGUAACUCUCCUUGCUGACCUCUCGACCCUAAACUCGCAAGGCCAGUUCGACCUGAUCGUUUGUCACUUUCUUUCUGUCAUUCAGCAGACAAGUGAACUAAAAGAAGCCACUGCUGAGCCUGCCUGUUCUCCCCUUUUGUGUGGGCUAAGUGUUUGAAUGACUGCAGUUUGUGGGGUUUACUCAUGUUGUUUUUUUUUUUCUUUUUCUUUUUUAAACUUAUUCAUAAAAUACUUGUGUAGUCUUUUGAGUAUAAUGCCUAGGUUAAAUGGUAAGACAAGUUCAAUAGAAUUUGAGGAAGUAAACUUUAACACAAACGGGGAGGCUUUCAUCUUUAAAAGGUCCCCUCCAGGCAGUGGUUACUAUGAACAGUGGGCUUAUCUUUUGAAAUCUUCACUAUAGCUAAAUACCAUCAAGGCAUAAUGUCACUAGACAGUGGACAGUGGCAGUUGACUUUGCUAUCAGGAGUGUGAAGUUCACGAGCCAACCUUAUUUUGAUACCAAUCAGGACUACCAGCAAAUAACUUUUUACAAGCAAAUCCACAACUGUUGUAGUGACUUUUAGGGAGAUUGGAGCUGUUAUGGAUACCCUUAAUUUGUGUGGGAUGUGCCACUGGGUCAUUCUGUACAAAUAUUUUGUAUUGUGUGUAAAAUAAAUUAUGCCAAGAUUCCAAACUAAUGACACUCUACAAAAUUGGUCUCCUACUUCUAUUAUAACCCAGUGUCAUAUUAGCCAAAAUACAACUGGAGUGCACUUGAUCACACCUAAAUUAAGGAUCAGUAAUUAAACUAAGAUUGUCAGACAGACUAUGUGGAGGCAUGGUCUCUCCACCUACUAGCCAUUACUUAUUUUUUUUUUUUCAUAUAGCAGAUCACAAUUUUUAAAGAAAUGUUAAGGUUAUCUCCAAGUGACAAAAAUAAAACCAUGAAACACUUUCUGCACAUCAUAGUUUUCUUGUUUUCACAGGCCUAGUAAAAUUUCUGUGUUCGUUGCUGUACCUAGAUUGCACCAGCAGUCUUCAAUUAAAAUUACUAAAAAAUAACCCUGAAAUACUUCAUAGAUUUUCUAUCUGCGUUAUAUUCAUAGUGUGCUUUUGUAGGUCCUGAAGUUCAGGUAAAUUGCCUACAGUAGCAAUGUAAUGUAGCAAUGUAAAGUUGCUCAUUAAUCAUAAAUUCUAAAUGAAUAGCAUAGCUUGUAACUUUUUAUAUUUUAAGUAGAUUUAAGUUUUUUAUUUUUAUCCUUAACUUGGGUGUAUUCCUGUUGGAACAUAACUUGCCACUCCACCUAGUCAACCCUCUAAUAUAUUUGUAGCACCUUUAAGUUCUCUGAAGAAAUACCUCAGUUAGCAAGAAAGUAUUCCCAUGCAUUUAUUUUUGUCAGUUUUAAUAAGAUAACUUUUUUUUCUACACUCCAUAUAUCUCCCUUGUUUCUCAGUGAUUGGUAUUAUCCCCACUGACAAGCAAUCGGAAGUUGCGCUUGGCAUAUAUACCAGAAUCCAGGGGGUCAGCUAAAAAAUGUAUGCUAUUUAAAUGUUGUCCCUUGUGUGUUGAUAGACACCCCACAAUAAAUGGGCCUUUCUAUAGUUUAAUAUAAAUGUAUUUUUAAAAGUGAAAAGUAAUCUGUCAAUUUGGUGUCUUUUAAAAAAAACCCUACUUCAAGGCUGCAUAGGUGCACUGUUUCAUGAUUGCGUAUUGUGAAAAAAAGUAGUAAUUCUAUUUUUUGCCAAUGCUCCUGUAGAACGGCCCAUAUACUACCCCUUUAAACACUAGCAAACAAAUCUAUUUUUGUGAAAUUCCAAGCAAUGGGUUUAUGUUGUAUUGUUAAUUUCAUCUUCAUUAUAUUCAUACAUACAAGUUAGUCAACCCCACUUAUAACCUGACCCACGCACACAAUAUAUCGUCAAAAUAACUGUACUUGGCUGUAAAUCAACUGGGUUUUUUUAUGAUGAGGUAAUAUACAGUGGUCUAUAUACACAGGUAUAUUCAGAAAAACAUCCAGCUGCAGAAGGGGACUUUACUGAGAGCCUCCCGAUUUUUUUUUUUUUUUUUUUUUAUUAUUUUUUUUUUAUACCUUUUUUAGGACAUUUUCUUUGUCAAGUAAUUGAAAUGUCUAGUACUUAUUGAUCAAAGUGUAAUUAUAAAAAUGCCCUGCCCAUCCCCAGUCUGAUUUCCAGAUUCCCAAUACUGCGUGUAGUUGGAACUAUACAGGACGCUGAAGCUGAAAUGCAUGUUGGGAGUUGUAGUUCUGUACAGAAUUAUUGAUUGCUUACUAAAACUACAGUUUUAUAUUUGGUUCUGUUCAUAUUUGGAUUCAAAGUCUUUCGGAAGGGUACAGGCAGGGAUGCUUUACAAAAGGGGGAGUGGGGGGGAAGCUGUAGUAAAAAUAAAAUAAUAAAUGCAGUAAAUUCUACAAGAUAUGAUUCCAAGGCAGGGCUUUGGUGCACCCUGUCUAAAAUUGUUGAAGUUUAUGUUCUGAUUAAUUUCUUGCUUCUUGGUUAUAUAUUUAAUUUAUAUUUAGAAAACUAUAUGGCAGCAGACUUGAAAUACUAUUAAAGAACAUAAAACUAACACAUGGGAUCCAUACGUCCUUCGGAUGAGACGUAAAACCAAUGUCCUAUUGUAAGUGACUCCGCAGCAGCAGCAGUUGUUGAUGCAUAAUUAGCCCCCUAGUCUCUGUAAAUAAAUUUGGGUAAAAGCUUCUGCUAAAUGACAAAAUAUGUGUCUGGAUGUUCAAACUUUCAGACCACCACUGGCUUUGAUUCGGGGUAUUAAACUUACCUAUAGAAGACAAGAAAGUAAGAUUUGUCAUUUUUCCCCUUUUUGAAUUCUCUUAACCUUGCACAGGUAAAGGACUAAAAAAAGAUGUUGUUGGGUGUUUUGAGGUUCUGUAGUAAGUAUUUAAAGUCUGUUUGUCUGAUGAGCUAGUAUUAUUCACAGGGAAUGGAUACCUACAUGGAAGCAUUAUCUUGUGUCAAAGUGCAGUGACCAAGGCCUUGUUGUAUUAUAACAGGCUAGUUCUCCCAUUUAAAAGGCAGUGUUUGAAAUACUGACUUCUAAUUGUGGAUUUCCUUUGACGCCAUUUUGUGGUGGGCAGGUUAUCAAGUUAUGCACUGUCGGCAUGCUUUGACUUUUUUUUUUUUUUCUAUUUUUGUUUUAUUUUUUCAUUGCAAGAGUAAUUUUGACCAUGUACAGUAAUUUGUAAACUUGCAUCAAGUUUAUGAAUAAAGAAUUUUAAGAAAUACUUUCUUGACUUGUGGAUUUUUGCACUUUGAUCUCUACUGCUAUCACCUCUAUUGACGACUGCACCCAUAACUCUCCUUGUUGUAUUAUUCAAAUGACCAGGUGACAGGAAAUUGAGUUAUCAUGUCCUGGCUAAAGGGCAUGUUAUAUUCACUGAUUGUUUCCUCUAUUAAUUUGCAACCAAGCUUGUCUCAACAUUGGUGUGCAUCAGACUUAACUAAAUUCAGCACAGUCAUUAGGAAAAAAAGGAUAAAUGUGUUUCAUCAUUAACUUAGGAGGCUGUGUGGUCCAGUGGUUAAAGAAAAGGGCAUGUAAUCAGGAGGUCCCCGGUUCAAAUCCCACCUCAGCCACUGACUCAUUGUGUGACCCUGAGCAAGUCAUUUAACCUCCUUGUGCUCCGUCUUUCGGGUGAGACGUAGUUGUAAGUGACUCUGCAGCUGAUGCAUAGUUCACACACCCUAGUCUCUGUAAGUCACCUUGGAUAAAGGCGUCUGCUAAAUAAACAAAUAAGAAAGCAAAGUAAGAAAGUAGUGGAUUGGCUGUCAAAAAUAUAAACUUAAUCCUAAAAGUCUGAACAAGGUUAGUUACAUUAAGAUUUUUUUUUUAAAUAAAAAAUAGAAAGGAUGUUUGAAAAGAUUUAAGGAAAAUGGUUUCACUUAACAUCUGGUAACUUGAUAUACUUUCCCAUUACUAUUUUGGUGAUUAUUUAUACUUUUAUUUAGGAACCCCUUCAAUAACUCCAUAAUUGACCUGUCAUUGCUAAUCAACACAUAAUACUGUAAUGGUCUAACGGUACUGCUACCAUCAAACUGUUUCAACCCGAAUCUACUCUGAACUGAUUGUAUUUAUAAAGCUUGAAUAAGGCUCACCUGAGUUUCAUGGGUCACUUUUAGGAGAGGAUCAUGGUGCUAUAGGAGAGGCCUGAUUGCUAAAUUUCCUGGCUCCUGAUGAUUUAAAUAUACUUCAUUUUGGUUAGCUCUGAAACCCAGGACGUUUCUAACCUUGCAUUGUUACCUUGGGUAAGGUAGGCCAAGAUUGGUGUUAACAGAGGUCUGUGAAUCUGGUUGCCCAUGUCCUUGGAUCAGAUAACUCGACAUAGCCAGAGUCAAAUCUAAUGGCACAUUUUUUGUGGCCUGAUUUCUAAAUUCAGUUGUUUAGAAAUGUGAUUCUGUAAGCCCUGUUAACAUAUGUGAAUGAGUGAGUGGUUAAUCAUAUUCACUACUUUGUUCAUGACAUUAAUAUGGCUGUUUUUUUUUUUCUUGUUUCAGCGAUUUGUAUAGAUGUGUGUAUAAUGUACAACUUUGUAUGCAUGUACUGAAUCUCAUAACUCUUUAAAAUGGAAUGAGCUUAACCCCUGUUUCCUUGUUAAACACAAAUAAAAGAUAAUGUUAGGUA